AUGCUAUCACAAACUACCAGAAUCGCACGGCCUUGGCUUCCACAGGUACUCAAGUCAUCAACAGUAGCCUGUCGACGCCUUCGUUCAACAAAGUCUCAAUUCCACGAUGCAGCUAUUGGGACAACGAUCAAGCCACCAGUGGAGGUAUCUUCUAUGGCUAGACUUCCGACAAGGUUUCUACUACGAUCUCUGAUUCUUACUUCUUUGAUGACAUCGAAAUUGUUCCUCCGGCCCGCACUCGCCCUGAUAAGCGUACUCUCCAAUUCGAAAUCGACCUUGCUGAACCCCGAUAAAAACUUGCCUUUGAAUAAGCUUCUUCGCUGGACUGUAUACAAUCAUUUCUGUGCCGGUACGAACAGCAGAGAGGUCUCAAAAACAGUGGCAGACGUCAAGAAAAUCGGAUAUCAGGGAGUUAUCUUGGGAUAUUCAAAAGAGAUUGUACUGGAUCACAAUGAAAAGCUUGCUGUGGAUGAUUCUGGCUCAGCAAAAUACAGUGAUAGAUGCUAUGAGAUGGUCGAGGAAUGGAAGAACGGCACAUUGGAAACACUGCGCAUGGUUGGUCCUGGCGACUUCCUCGCUGUCAAACUGACUGGUGCUGGCCCUAUAUCCGUUGAAGCCAUGGCAGCACGCCAGCCAAUGCCAGAGGCAAUGGCCAAAGCCGUCGACGAGAUCUGCAUCGCGACUGAGAAGCAAGGCUCUCGUCUUUGGCUAGACGCUGAGCAGCAAGUAUUACAAAAGGGUCUUGACAACUGGGCCCUUGAAACAAUGCGAAAACAUAAUAAAGCGGCAACACCAAUCGUUUAUAAUACUAUUCAGGCUUACUUGAAGGACUCUAAGGCAAACCUUGAACGACAUCUUGCUCUAGCUUCUCAAGAGGGUUGGACGCUAGGUAUAAAGCUGGUGCGAGGGGCAUAUAUUGAGCAUGAAACAAGAUCACUUAUCCAUGACACCCAAAAUGAUACGGACCAGUCAUAUGAUCUCAUUGCAGACACGCUGCUGUGCCGGAGAAUGCCUGCCGAUAGCGACACCCUUCCAUUCCCGAAGGCUGCUCUAUUUCUUGCUACCCACAAUGCUACUAGCGCAGCAAAAGCUAUAACCACACACCAAGAUCUUCUGCUAGCCAACAAGCCUACAAUUAUGUUGGAGUGUGGGCAGAUUCAAGGAAUGGCCGAUGAACUCAGCUGCCAGUUGGUGCAGAACUACGAACGUGCUCUUCAACAGUCGUCUGCUGCCAAUUUGACUGUACCCAAAGCAUUCAAAUGCAUGACUUGGGGCUCGGUCUCCGAGUGUAUGGGAUAUCUGCAUCGUCGAGCGAUUGAGAAUCGUGGUGCAGUAGAACGAACACAGCAUAUGGUGACCGCUUUGCGGCGCGAGCUGUGGCGAAGAAUCGUCGGAUGA